AUGGCGAUUGCAGGCAGUGGUCCGGAAAGAUCACCUAAUUCUGCACUGUCUCUAAGUACUGUUCGACAUGGUCCGGAAAGAUCACAUGAUUUUGCACUUGCCCUUGAAGCUGACCCCAAAGUCGACAUCGCAACUGUGCUGGAGGGUGAUAGACUGUUACCUGCGGAUGACAUUAAAGAACACUUUGACAAGCCUGCAAAAAAACAUAUCCACGUUAUUGUCGAACUGCCUGCUUCCUUCGCAUCUCCCUACCUUUCACAAGAUGCAAUCACCGAAAUUCAUGAAAUACACAAUAAACUUACUCAACCAACUAUUGAGACUAUAUCCAUCUCCAAAAUCAAUACAGAGAACUUCCAACUUUUAAAAAACCAUCUUAAUCUCGACAUUGAAAAUGUCUUCUUCGAUAUUCUCAUUCAUAGUAAUGUAACACCACCAGCUUUCGAAUGGAAGGAGAAGUCAGAACCGGCCCAUAAAGAUGAAUAUUUGGAAUGGUUAAACAAAUACAUUCCUUUGACCAAUGGUCGUAUUUGGUAUGAUGUUGGGGGUAACCACAGCUUACUAGAUGUGUAUAAGGACUCCAGGUUGCCCUUUAAUGUUCAUAGUGGAACUGAUGUAGUGGUUGUGAAUAACUAUGAUGUUGCAAGCCGUUUGAUUCCAGAAAGUAUUUAUGCAGUUCUGGAGUUGAAAAAAAAGAUCGAAAGGAAUCAUGUGAUGCAAGUCAUUUUAGAAAUGGUAAUUGCUGAUUUGGUUACCUCCAAAAAUAGGAUCGUUUUUGGAAUCCUAUCAGACCUCAUAGAUGAUUGGCAAAUUUUCUGGUUGGAAGCUGACAGGACAAUAAAGAGUUGGAAAGCACAAAGUCGGAAUGUUGCAAUUCAAGUAUUAAGUGAACUCUUAAGUGACAAUCCCAAAACAAAUCUGGAGAAUACAUCAAUCAUCAUUCCGGCUGCCAAACGUGUCAAGUUGAAUACUUUGUUACCUAAUAGAACCCCAGGUGAAUAUGAUGAUAUCGCUCGGAUGGAAGAUGUGUAUGAUGUUAUGUCAAGGGAGGAAAUUUGGCGUCAUAAAGUUGGGAUUGCUUCAGAAAUUGUCAGAAAUAUUCCUUCCUUUUCGUCAAUGGUCUUAUGUGACCGCAAAUUCCGAAUUCGAUUCUUGGACCGUGGUAUUGCUAUAAUACAAGAGAUUGAUCAAGAUAUGAUGCUUCAAACGCAUGACCGACUAUUUCAUCCAUAUGUGUUUAUCGGCACCGACACAGUACGAGUCAUGUCUCACUCAUGA